AUGGUCGCUUUGGGCAUUGGAACACAAAACUACACCUGCGCCGACUCCAGCUCCGCUCCCACCUCUAUCGGCGCCGUAGCCCAGCUUUUCGACGACACCUGUAAUGUAGCUGCCAAUCCCGCCAUCGCCACCAGUGAUCUUCCUUCCUUCGCCCUCGCAGGUUCUCAUUUCUUCCUUGACAACACAACACCCGAGUUUGAUAUUGCGUCGCUCGGUAAAACCAUCCUCAAGAAGGCGCAGGAGGUCGAUGCGCCCAACCCCGCUAGCGAUGUCAAGUGGCUUAGACUUACCGCCCAAGCCGGAUCAACUAGCACCGUCAAGGAGAUUUACCGUGUGCAGACUGUUGGUGGAAAGGCGCCUGCUACUUGUGCGGGUAAGGCGGCGGGUGAGGUUAUUACUGUGCAAUAUAAGGCUCAGUACUGGUUCUACUAA